AAGUGUGUGUGUUAUGCGAAGACUGUGAAAAUAAAAAGAAAAUUGCACAAAGGAAAAGGCGAAAAGCGUGCGACUUGGCAGCAUGUGUUGCCGUUUUUGUUGUUGCCACUGCCGCUGCUGCUGCUAGCAAACAAAUUGAAAUACUAAGUAGCUGGCUGGCUGGACGCCGCAGACAGGCGAACAAAGGCAAUUGAAAAUGCGAUUCAUAUCGACAACAAUAAUAACAAGAAGAGCAACAACUACACAACGUACACAGCUAGACAACUAGAGAACAACUCCUUGGCCAGCGCCAGCGUCUCCACCCAUCUCCCCCUCCUGCUGCUCCAGCAUUUUAAGCAGCGCGUGUGCCGCUCUACCUUUAUGCCCGUGGCUUCCAACUCGUACUGUGGCCGGCAACAUGUCAAGCAUAAUUAAUUUUCGAUUCUGCCUGUGCCGCCGCCAAUUUCUGCCCGUUUACGUCUUCAGCUAUAGCAUCGCCAUCGCCAACGCCAUCACCGUCGCCGCCGCCGCCGCCUCGUCUACGUUCCUGCAAUUGUGCUAAAGCUGACUGCCAAUCGACCGUCAACCCCAUCCCACGCCCCACUCCCAAGUCAAUCCCAGGCGCACUGGAAGAAGCGUAUGCUACGGGCCCAAAAACCAAAACCAAUCCAAAUAGUGAACAAAGAUAUUCUGGCGAAAAUGUGGAAAGCAACAGCAAUACGACAGCAGCAGCAGCAGCUACCAGCAACACACAGAGGACUCAACGCAAAGUUGAGCACAAUUUGGAUGCUAUUAGUUAUAUUAAUGAGUCUGAUGCAAAUGCCAGCAGUUGCAGCUGAAUUUCGAGCAGGCCUCGCAGGCGACAUGGAAUCCUGCUCCAAUGAGGGCGAGGAGGUGCAAAUCAACAGCAUACAGAACUCCAAGUGCUUUAAGUGCAUCUGCCAGAACGGCUUCGUUAAAUGUUUCAAGAGCUGCCCGCUUAUAGAUGACUGUUAUCUGCUGGAUCCCAAGACCAGCGGCACUUGCUGUCGCAGGUGCAAAGGCUGCAUAUUUCGCGGCGUGCCCUAUGCGAGCGGCGAUGAAUGGUCCGAUCCGGAGGAGCCCUGCAAGACGUACAAGUGCAUAGCCAGUGUUGUCACCGAGACAAUCCAAAAGUGCUAUACACAGUGCGACAAUAAUCAGCUGACGGCGCCGCGUCCUGGCGAAUGCUGUGCCACCUGUCAGGGCUGCAACCUCAAUGGCCAGACAGUGGCUGAGGGUCAGGAGGUGGUGGCCUCCAUAGACGAUCGCUGCUUGGUUUGCCAGUGCAGCGGCAACAAGCUGAGCUGCGCCAAGAAGACUUGCCCCAUACUGCAGUGCCCCAAAACGAAGCAGAAGCAACAUGCCAACGAAUGCUGCCCACGCUGCACCGAGCAGCGCGACUUUGUGCCCGUCAUAGGCAAAUGCAUUUUCAACAACAAAGUUUACUACGACAAGACGCAGUUUACGCCGGACCGCUGCACCAACUGCACUUGCCUGAACGGCACCUCCAUUUGCCAGCGUGCCACGUGCCCUAUACUGGAGUGUGCACCAGAGUUUCAGGAGGAGGACGGCUGCUGUCCACGCUGCAUUGUGGCCGAGGUGCGCAGCGUGUGCUCGCAUCAGAACAACACGUACAUGAACAACGAGACCUGGAACAUGGGGCCAUGUCGCAGCUGUCGCUGCAAUAACGGCAACAUACGCUGCUCCGAGAUGCGCUGUCCCCAGGUCAAGUGUCGCCCCAACGAGGAGCUGACAGUGCCCGCCGGCGAGUGCUGCGCCAAAUGUGUGGAAACCGCCGGCACUUGCACCGUGUUUGGCGAUCCGCACUUCAAGACCUUUGAUGGCAAAUUCUUUAGCUUCCAGGGCAGCUGCAAGUACCUCUUGGCUCAAGACUGUUAUGGUCACAACUUCUCCAUACGGCUGACCAACGAUGGACGCGGCACGCGUCGCUCUUCGUGGCCCAAGACGAUCACACUGAAGCUGCGCGGCCUGCGCAUCACACUUGGCCAGAAGCUGCGCGUCAAGAUCAAUGGCACGCGUGUCAUGCUGCCCUAUUUGGAGCAACAGGCGGGCACUGCGCACGGCCAUGGCCACAAUGUGAGCGUUGAGCGGCUGCCCGAGGGCGGUAUUAUGCUGCGCACGGAGCUGGGCCUGAGCAUCGAGUGGGAUGGCAACAGUUUUCUGCAGGUGUCGGUGCCGGCGCAGUACAAGCGCCACCUGUGCGGCCUGUGCGGCAACUACAAUGGCAGCGGACGCGAUGAUCUCACGGGCCGGGAUGGCCGCCAGCAUAGCGAUGAGGAUGUCUGGCAUUUUGCCAACUCGUGGAAGGUGGGCGGGCCCAAGUCCUGCUCCAGGCAGCGUGAAAAUGUCCUAGUGGCGCCAGCGUGCAACAAGCGUAGGACGAACUUUUACUGCCGCCCGCUGAGCGUGUCGCAAGUGUUUGGCGGCUGUGACAGCAGACUGAAUCCCAUCAACUACAUCACCUCCUGUCGCAUGGACGUCUGCGAGUGUCCCACGGGCAGCUGCCACUGCGACAUCUUUGCUGCCUAUGCGCACGAGUGCCGGCGCCUGGGCGCGCAGCUGCCCGACUGGCGAGCGGCCACCAAUUGUCCGGCGGGCAGCUGGCGACGCAAUGCCACCGAUGCCGACUUUCUGGGCAACAGUUACUAUGGCGAGGCGCACUUCUUGCGCUACGGCAAGGCUGCUGCGCGGCGCCACAAGCAGCAGCAGCAGCACCAGCAGCAGCUGCAGCAUCAGCAAACGCGACUGCAGCUGCAGAAGCAGCGGCGCAAGCACAACGAGCUGGAGAAUGAGUUCAACAAGAAGCAUGUGCCCAACAAGUUCUUAAAGCCGCGUGCGCAGGAUCGCACGCCGCCGCCAAUUCAUUGAGCAUUGCAUUACAAGCGCAAUUGGCAGCAAUUCUAAUUUAGUUAGCAUACACAUAAUACGCAUACGCAUUCAUACUUAGAGCAGACAUAAUCUCAUACUCAGUUGUUGGCAGCAGCAGGCAGCAGCUGAGCUUGAAAGCUAAAGCUGCUGCUGCUGCCAGCUGUCAAAAGUUCCACAC